AUGCCACUAACUACAAGAACCACCACUACAAAAACAGCUGAAAAACCUACAACUACAUCCCCACUAAUAACAACUCCAUUAACUAUAACAGAGACAACUGUAACCCCAUCAAUACCAACAACCAUAAUUGUACCUAAUACUGAUUGCAAGGAUCUGAUUAAAAACCACACUUGGCCAGAUGGUUAUCAAUGGACAGAGGACUGCUUCAAUAAAGCUUGCAUAAAUGGUGUUAUUGAGUUGACACCUGUGAGAUGUCAAAUGCCAGAAAAACCUGUGUGCCCAAGAGGAAUGACACAACUGGUAAAAGAUGAGCAGGGCUGUUGUGAAACCUGGCAGUGUGACUGUCAAUGUGAUAUCUUUGGAGACCCACACUACAAUUCCUUUGCUGGACAAAACUUUGUGUUCCUGGAAAACUGUACAUAUAUUCUGGUGGAGGAAAGGACUCCACAUCACUAUCUCAGCAUCAGCAUUGAUAAUUACUACUGUGAGCCAUCUGCUUCCUGUGCCAAGGGCAUCAUUCUGAAGUACCAAAACAACACAGUCACAAUUCAAGUGCUUCAAGAUCCUGAUGAAAUGCCCAUGUUAGAAACUACUCUGAAUCAAGUAACAAUAACACCACCGUAUGAAGCAGAUGGACUCAGGUUUGAGAGCAGUGAUGCAAAAGUCUACAUUCACAUUGAAGAGAUCCGCUCAUACAUGUUUCUCAGUGUAUGGAACACACUGCAGAUCAAUCUAGCAAUGGAGCACUUCGUCAAUAACACACAGGGACAAUGUGGUGUUUGUGGAGGUGCCUCAUGUAUACGCAGGGAUGGUUCAGUUGAGCGUGAUGACUGCUGUGAUAAGACUGCAUAUGAAUGGAUAGAGGAUGAUCCACUGAAACCAUACUGUCAACAAGCCCCCCGGCAUGUCCCUUGUUUCACACAAACAGAUAUUUCAACAACAACAGUACCACCGUGCACGGCUCCUCUCUGUGAACUCCUUAGACAUGAAGUGUUCAGCAAAUGCAGUGGGGACAUUGAUGUGGAGAGACUGGUGAGUAACUGCAAGUUUGACUACUGUGUGGCCCACAACCGUGCCACUGUGUGCUCCCCACUAGAGCAUCUAGCUAACCACUGCAUGAAGAUGGGCUUCUGUGUGGCCUGGAGAAACCUCAUCAAUGGAACUUGUGACAUUACUUGUCCUGAAGGAAUGAUUUUUGAUGAGUGCCGGAGCACCCCAACUGAUUUCUGCCAUGGCGGUGAGCGUGUUUCGGGGACAGAGAGGUCUGGUUGCUUCUGCCCAGACAAUCAGCUAUUUGCUGAGACACACAAGAAGAUCUGUGUAUCUGAAUGCACCAACUGUAAAGGUCCACUGGGAGAACCCAUGCCGGUUGGGGCGGUAUGGGAGUCAAAUUGCCACAUGUGCACAUGCAAUAAUCAGACUCGGACAGAAGAAUGCUGGCCAAAACCUUCUGCUCCAACUCCCAUAUGCGGUCCUGGUUCUGCUCUCAUCUCUGACUGCUGCAACAACCAGAUAUGUGUUGAGAAGACUUGCGAAUAUGGUGGAACAAUAUAUAAGGUGGGUGAAACAUGGAAGGACCCCCGGAGCCCCUGUGAAACAUUUCAUUGUAGAACAGAAGGCACUGAAAUAGAGAAGACUGUGUGUCCACAGCAGACCUCUCCUGAGGAACAUUGGGAUGAACAUCAUUGCUGCUAUUCAUGUAACACAACGUGUGGAGUCAGACUAUCCAAAAUGACUGUUGAGAACUGCACUGAGGUGAUGCUACCCACCUGUGAAGGCAACUGUGCUUCAGGCUCCUUCUGGGUGAUUUCUGGAGAAGAUCUGCAGUUAGAGCAUAAUCAGUUCAGCUGCCGCGAGAGUAACUACGAGAUGAGACAGAUCUCUCUGGACUGCAGUGGAGCUACAGUUGCACAAUACACCUACAAACACAUCACCAGCUGUGAGUGCCAGCGUGAAGUCUGAAGGUUUUUGCAAUGUCACUGUAAUGCUCAGAGAAUUGAGGCUGAGGUUUUACAUCUACAAUCCAUACAUAUAUCUUGAUUUGCACGAUUUGUUGUCUUUAUACAUGAUCAGUGAUUGAGCUGGGAGUUUUAAUUAAAUUAUCUGUCUUUUUUGUGCAUGUAAUAUCUGGUGUUUUCUGCUUUCAGUGCCAAAAUCCAAUAUGAAUUCUCUGUCAGACAUUUGUUUUCUUUAAAUUUUAAUCAUGUGAUUAAAAUAAAAAAUCUAACAAUCUCAGGUUUAAAAGUUAAUCUAAUAUAGCUAAAGUUGAGAUUGCUGCUUGAAUUCUUUUAUGCUAUAUCAUAUCAUAUCAAUGCUAUAUCAUGUUCUUGAAUAUUUCCUUUUUAUUUUUAAAGCACUUUAUAAUAAUGGUUGUAAAUGAUUGUAUAAUGCCUCUCAAUGAUGGAUUCAUAUGUAAUCAAUAAAUAAAGAUAUGCAAAGUAGUGUUUAACAUGUAUUUAUUUCAUUGUCUGCUUUUUUUUGGUAACAAACUUAAAACACCAUUGCUGUUCUGAGAAAAAUGUCCACCUUGAAGUUUUAUUAUAGACAGCACUUAUAGUAUGUUUCACAAUGUCUCUUAGACAUGGAGCGAUUACACUGGUUGGAAUUGGCAGAGGGAGAACUUUGUACUGGCUAGAUCAAAUACGCUAUUAUAAAAGAAUAUUGAAAAAGCAGCAGUUAACUCCCAGAGACCCCUGCUCAGGACAAUCUGUUUGCUGGAGACAGGAUAAUCUUCCACAAG